GAGUCUCUUCUGUACACACUGUUCAAAUCUUCACCAUUUUUGCCCACACAACCAAAAAAAUCUCUCAAGACAAAAUGAUUCAUCAUUGCUCCAUCACGAAACCCACUUUCUCAGUUUCGAUCUCUACCAACAAGCAUCGUCGUUCCACUAUCAACUUAGGUUUCAGAAUCCGAUGCGAAUCCGGGGAUGUCUCGUCCUCGUCCUCGAUGCGGACCAAUGCGUUGUCCUUGUCGUCGGAGAUGGAAGGUUCCUCCCUGAAGAAGAAUCUGAUGGAGUCUGAAGUGAAAAAGAGCGAGCUUUACCCAGGAGGAGUGCCAAAGAUGGGUCCUUUCACAGGGAGAGAUCCGAAUGUGAAGAAGCCUGCUUGGCUGAGGCAAAAGGCACCGCAGGGAGAGAGGUUUCAGGAGGUGAAGGAGUCGUUGACUCGUCUUAAGCUCAACACUGUUUGUGAGGAAGCUCAGUGUCCUAAUAUAGGCGAGUGUUGGAAUGGAGGUGGUGAUGGUAUAGCAACUGCAACCAUCAUGGUUCUUGGUGAUACUUGUACCCGUGGGUGUAGGUUUUGUGCAGUUAAAACCAGUAGAAAUCCUCCUCCUCCUGAUCCAUUGGAACCAGAGAACACUGCCAAGGCUAUAACCAGUUGGGGUGUAGACUACAUAGUCAUUACCAGCGUAGACCGUGACGAUCUACCUGAUGGUGGAAGUGGACAUUUUGCACAGACUGUUCAAGCCAUGAAGAGACUUAAGCCGGAUAUAAUGAUAGAGUGCUUAACAUCUGAUUUCCGUGGAGACUUGGAGGCUGUGGACUCUCUUGUACACUCAGGAUUAGAUGUUUUUGCUCACAACGUCGAGACUGUGAAGAGGCUCCAGCGACUUGUGAGGGAUCCUAGGGCUGGAUAUGAGCAGAGCAUGUCGGUGUUGAAACACGCAAAGAUCAGCAAACCUGGAAUGAUCACAAAGACCUCCAUAAUGCUUGGUCUUGGAGAAACAGACGAAGAGAUAAAGCAAACAAUGGCUGAUUUGAGAGCUAUAGAUGUUGACAUUCUAACACUUGGUCAGUAUCUACAGCCAACUCCAUUGCAUCUGACUGUGAAAGAGUAUGUGACACCUGAGAAGUUUGAUUUCUGGAAAACAUACGGAGAAUCAAUUGGAUUUCGCUAUGUUGCAAGUGGUCCACUGAUGACUAGCGGUUUCGCGCUGUCGCCGGCGAUUAUCGCCGCCGUUCGUUCUCCGGCAUCGCAAGACUGUCUCUUUUCUGCUUCUGUUAAUGGACGCAAAGCUUCUUCUUCUUCUUCUUCAUUAUCUUCUUCUUACGGUCGAAGCAAAUGCGCCUUCUCAAUCUCGCGGAAGAAUCCAAGAUCGAAGAAGAUUCGCUGCGAUGUUUCCGUGAAAUCGGACGCUGAUCUCACGUCGUUGGAGACGGAGGAAGACGAGAAGGCGAAGGAGAAGAUCGGGGCUAGAAUUAGGGUUACGGCGCCGUUGAAGGUGUACCACGUGGUUCGAGUUCCGGAGGUGGAGCUGAUGGGAAUGGAAGGUUCGAUCAAAGACUACGUCGUUUUGUGGAAAGGGAAGAGGAUCUCGGCUAACCUGCCGUUUAAGGUGCAGUUCGUGAAAGAGAUCGAAGGUCGUGGUCCUGUUAAGUUCUUCGCGCAUCUCAAGGAGGACGAGUUCGAGUUGAUUGAUGAUGGGCCGUGAUUGUAUCGGAAAAGGGGAAAGCUUUCAUCUUGAUGCUAAAAGAGAACAAACUUUGUUGUGAAUGGGGUUUGUAUGUACUUUUGUGUAUACAUUUAGCAUAUUAUAUACAUAACAUUUCACCA